GAUGUCGAACGAUGUCGAAAUGACAUCUAAAAGGUAAUCAGUGAACUUUAAAUUAUACUAUAGAGUUUAUUGGACAUAAUAGAAAAUAUAAAACGAACGAAUGCAGUUGAGAAACAUAAUUAUAUAAAAAUGUCUUCAUUAUCUCGAAAAGUGAAACUUCCCAAAUCUUCUGACCAAUAUAUUCAAUUACAACAACUAUUACCAAUUAAAUUUGCACGAGAAAACGAAAACUACAAAAUGUCAAAUGCUCUGAAUGCUAUUAUUCCAUAUGCUACUUUAAGAAUGCAUAGUGUUAAUCAAUUGUCUAAUGAAGAAUGUGCUAAUGCAAUCGCCAAUCAUCUGCAAUCAAGUAAUAAGUUUAUGCAAAAUGAUCCCACAUCAGAGCGAUUUAGAAUGGAAACAUUAAGAGCAAUGCCACAAUGUCUUACUGUAAAAAGAUCUGUCAAAUCACAAUUAUUGGCGACUGUUAAUCGGAGAACAAAAAAAAAAUCGAUUAGUUAUUGGAAAUGGCUUAAAUAUAACAUUAGUUUAAAAAUUGCAAAGAUUUGGGUGACAGUACAGAAUACUUUGCUGACAAUGGAAUUAUGGCAUCAAAUGAUAAAAACUAUUGAGAGUCACAAUGGAAGUGGUGUUGCAACAUACUUCAAAUUUUUGAGAUGGUUGCUUCUUCUGAACAUAAUUUCCUGUAUUUUAAGCAUGUUUUUUAUCGUACUACCACAAUCAUUGAAUCAAACACAUAUACCAAACAAUAUUAAAGUAUUAGACUUUUUAACAGGCAGUGGCUUUUUCUCUCACACAAUAAUGUAUUAUGGUUUUUAUUCCAAUGGCACAGUAGAUACACCAAUUGGGACUAAAUAUAGCAUUCCGUUUGCUUAUUUCCUAACGCUGCUUUUUUGUUACACAGUUACUUUUAUUAUACUUUCUGUGAAAAUUAUAUCUUCUUAUAGAAAAUCUUAUGUCGAAACACGUGGAAAAGUGCACGAUUUAUAUAGCAACAAAAUAUUUUGCGGGUGGGAUUUUAGUAUAUCUUUACCAAAAACUGCUGCUUUGCAAUCAGCCUCUAUUUACAAAGAAUUAGAGGAAUUAUUGGCAGAAACGAGACAACAAGCGCAUUUGCAUUGGCUUGAUAAGUUUUUGUUGAUUAUAAUGCAACUUAGUGUAACAGCUAUUAUUAUAUUUAUGAUUUGUGGUGCUAGUACAUUUGUUUGGCUGCUAUUAAGGCACUAUAAGAUAGGAGCAUCCAAAAUCAUUUCAGUGAUGAUUGUACCAACAAUCAUUACUAUUAUUAUUCAUAUCUUUCCAACAAUUAUGUCCUACUUAGCAUCACUGGAGCAUUAUAACAAUAAACGUACGGAACUUUAUGUGACAGUUAUUAGGAAUCACACGGUUGCUGCAACAGUAAUUGGUACCUUAUUUGUUUUCUGGAUAAUCAAUAGUACAUCACAUUGUUGGCAAACAAAAUUAGGAGAAGAAAUUUAUCGACUUAUCAUACUGGAUUUCAUUGCUUCUAUAUUUGGAAUGUGUUUCCAAUUUAUACGUUCUAUGUUAUAUAAGAAAUUGUCGACGAAAAUUGGCAAACCAGAAUUCAAUAUUGCUCGCAAUACGUUGAAUCUUAUAUACAAUCAAACGCUUUUUUGGAUGGGUUUCUAUUUCAGUCCGCUAAUAUCCCUUAUAAUUGUAAUAAAACUAAUCUUCACGUUUUAUAUAAAGAGAUACGAAUUGAAAAAAUGCUAUCGACAACCAUCGCAGCCUUGGCGGGCGGCACAAACGCAAACUUUGUUCUUGGCUCUUGCAUUUAUUGGCAUGAUUAUCAUGUUACUUACAAUAGGAUAUAUUAUUACAAACGUGAAAAGUGACGAUUGUGGGCCGUUUAGAAAUUAUUCUCACACUUGGGAUUUUAUCAUCAAUGGGAUAUUAUCAUUAAAAAGAGAUAGUAAAUUUUGGAGUAUUAUUUCGGAACUAGCGAGACCGGUAACUGGCGCUGCAAUAUUAGUUGGCAUGUGUAUCGCAGUGUACUGUUUGCGAGCAAAAACAAAAGCGAGUAAGGAAAUGUUGCAAAUUUUGUCCAACAUGCUUCUUCUGCAAUCUCAAGAUAAGCAAUUUCUCAUGAAAAGUUUCGCUAAAUUUGCCAACGAACGUACUUUUGUGCAUAGUGAGAUGAAUUUUAUUCAACAUGCUAGCUCUACUGAACAAAACCAUGAAAAUGAAGAAAUUGUAUUGUCUCGCCGACGUAAUUUACCGUCAACCAGUUUCGAGGAGAGAUUAUAAUAUAUGUAUACUAAUUUGACAAUUUAGUGACAAAUUGCCAAAUUAUUAGAAAUUAACAUUUAGAAUAUUUUCUCAUAGUUAUAUAUAUUAUUUACAAAUACUAAUGCUUUUAUAAAUUUGAACUUUUAAGAUUGCGCUAU